AUGAAGAAAAGGCUCGGGCGCACAAUCAACGCGCGCGCAUUUGGACAGGGGUUAAAAAUAAUUCCCGAAGAUGAGGAAGAGUACCGUGUGGUACAACGGUACCUCGGGGAGUUGGAAAGUAGCGGCGUCAACGUCGUUUACUAUUCCUACUCCCUUCCAGCUGAAAGGCAGCUGAAGGUGGCAGUGCGGGGCGUUCCGGCGGACACGGAGCCCGAGGCCAUCAUGGCAGAGCUGCGCGACCUCGGGUUUGAGCCGGAACACGCUCAGCCCAUACGCGCCAGGAAGGGUAGACCGGGGUGCAUCUUCUUGGUCAUUUUGCGCCGCACCCCCGACCUCACCCCCGCUAUAUACAACGUCAAGGAGUUGCUGUGUAUACCGGGGGUCACAAUCGAGUCCUGGCGGGGCAAAAGGGGCCCCGCCCAAUGUCACCGGUGCCAAGGGUACAGGCACUCCUCGCACCAAUGCAACCGGGCCUUAGCCUGUGUGAAGUGCGGGGAGGGACACCGCACCGCAGAUUGCCCCCUGCCAAAGGGGGCAACGCCGAAGUGCGCCAACUGCAAGGGGGCGCACCCGGCGAACCAUAGCACGUGCCCUGUGCUAAAGGAGGAGGCGCGUAAUAAGCGCGCAGGCACAGUGGCACACACCACACGGGGCAUGGGAAACUCCAACGCGCUCUGGACCUCCUGCCAGAGUGGCUAG